GAGAGAGAGAGAGAGAGAGAGAGAGAGAGAGGAAGAGAGACGUUGGCAGGAGCAGUUUCCCAUCACUCUUCAAAAUAUAAAAUUUAUUCUAACAGAGAGAAUGAUGAACAGAAGAAACCACGCCAAGAGCAGUGAGUUUUCAAUGAGGUGGGUCUGAUGUGAGCUCGUAGAGCAGAGCCUAAUUUCUGCUUUGGGUUUUCAAAUAAGGAAAUUUCUUUUUUAAGCAAAGGGUGUUGAAAAAUGGAAAAUUUGGGGAAGAGCAGUGCGGGGCUUCAAAAGAGAAAGAAUGGGUUUGAUGAGAAGAAAAGUGGUGAGUUGGUGAACGACUCCAGGAAGAGUAGUUCUAGCGCGUCGAUUGGCGGAGAGGAAAGUAAGGACGCAGUGAUGAAGUCCUGUUCCCCUCCGCUUUUGGGUUGGCCGAUAAGGAAAGCUGAGUUGCCGAAGACCUCGGUUGAGAAUAGAAACGGAGAUGAGAAGAAAGUUACUACUAAUUUGGUGGACGAGUCCAAGUUUAAGAAGAUGGGUUCAAAGAUUUCAGAGAUUGAAAUGAUGAAGGAGAGAUUUUCAAAGUUGCUACUUGGAGAAGAUAUGUCAGGGUCUGGUAAAGGCGUUUGCUCAGCUUUGGCUAUAUCUAAUGCCAUAACCAAUCUCUGUGCUACAAUUUUUGGGCAACUAUGGAGAUUAGAGCCUUUACCUGAAGAGAAGAAAUCUAUGUGGCAAAGAGAAAUGGAGUGGCUUCUUUGUGUUAGUGAUCACAUUGUUGAAUUGAUUCCCUCUUGGCAAACUUUUCCUGAUGGAAGCAAGCUCGAGGUGAUGGCUUGCCGGCCAAGAUCAGAUAUUUUCAUCAAUCUCCCAGCUCUGCGUAAACUAGACAGCAUGCUUCUUGAAGUGUUGGAUAGUUUCACAAAUACUGAGUUUUGGUAUGUUGAUCAAGGGAUUGUAGCACCAGAGUCUGAUGGCUCUGCCUCUUUCUGCAAAACAAUUCAGCGGCAGGAGGAGAAGUGGUGGCUACCGGUCCCUCGUGUACCUCCCGGUGGCCUCGGUGAAGAUUCAAGAAAACAGUUGAAUCACACACGUGAAUGCUCAAAUCAAAUAUUGAAAGCUGCAAUGGCCAUCAACAGUAGUUCCUUGGCAGAAAUGGAGGUUCCGGAAUCAUAUUUGGAAUCUCUUCCGAAGAAUGGGAGGUCUUGCCUUGGAGACCUUAUUUACAGGUACAUCACAUCAGAUCAAUUCUCAGCAGAGUGCCUGCUUGAUUGCCUUGACCUGUCAUCUGAGCAUGUUGCUUUAGAGAUAGCAAAUCGUGUGGAAGCCUCGAUAUAUGUAUGGCGCAGGAGAGCUCACUCGAAGCCUCCGGUUAAUCCAAGUCGUUCUACUGCAAAAUCAUCAUGGGGGAUGGUCAAGGACCUAAUGGUUGAUGGAGAUAAAAGGGAAUUGCUAGCAGAAAGAGCUGAAAGCCUCUUGCUUUGCUUGAAGCAGCAGUUCCCUACUCUAACACAAACCACUUUGGAUAUCAGCAAGAUCCAAUGCAACAAGGAUAUCGGGAAGUCCAUUCUGGAGAGUUACUCAAGAGUAUUAGAAAGCUUGGCAUACAGUAUCGUAGCUCGAAUUGAUGAUUUAUUAUACGUGGACGACUUAACCAAACAUUCGGAUAAACUAUCACCGGUUCCUACAGUAAGUGUAAUUGCUCACAAGAAGGUUUCAAUUCCAUACUCAGUGUCUGUCUCAGGCACUCCAUACAAAACAACUUUCUCCACACCCGGUUUUUCUCCAGCUUCACUUGUCAGUCCUGCAAGGGGAGAAAGAGAAAGAACUCCUUUUCUCUCCUCCAAGAACAACAUUGACAAGCCUCAUCGACGCGGAUUGGGGGUGAAGAGAGUCUUGACGAAUUAUCUUGGCGUAGACGCAAGACCAAGGAUCUGUGGCAAUCCUGCUGACAGCUCAUCUUCAGCCUCAAACAACAAAGAGCAUUUAAGUCAGCAAAAGGACUCGUUGAGCCACCAAAAUGGGACAAUGGUGAGGCAAAGCUUUCCAAGAUACAUUGUGACUUGAGAAUGUUUAGAGAUUUUCCCACUCACUAAAGUUGUACGAGUUAAAAAGUAUUGAAUUUUUUUUCUGGGUUAUUUGGUUUAAUCUUUUUCUGUUAGGUUUUCUUGUGUGUGAAUGAAGCUGAGAGAUGGAAUAUUAUAGAAAGUAAAUUGUUUGUUCUUUC